ACAACAACACAGGUGCUUAGGCUUAUCUGCGUCCGUCCUCCGCCACUGACCUGCACGGAAAGCCCGGUCCAAACUGUCAGCCGAAAGCAGACGAUGACAGGACACCACUGGGGAUACGGAGAGGGGGACGGUCCCUCAGCAUGGCAUAAAAAUUACCCAGUGGCCCAGGGAAGCCGACAAUCUCCUAUUGACAUUAUCCCUCAUCAGGCUUUACAGGAUCGCAGUCUGGGCCCCAUUGUCCUGAACUAUGAUCACUGUACUUCCAUCAACAUUUCCAAUAACGGACACUCUGUAGUGGUGGAGUUUGAUGAUUCUGAUGAUCGCUCAGUGAUCCAGGGAGGCCCUCUUGACAAUCCAUAUAGGCUGAAACAGUUUCACUUCCAUUGGGGUGGAAAGGGAUGUGAAGGCUCUGAACACACCGUCGAUGGCUAUGGUUAUGCAUCAGAGCUUCAUUUAGUUCACUGGAAUGCUGUCAAAUACUGUUCUUUUGGGGAAGCGUCAACAGCUCCCGAUGGUCUUGCUGUUCUCGGAAUUUUUUUAGAGACAGGUGACGACCACAGAUGGCUUCAUAUGAUAACAGAUGCUCUGUAUAUGGUCAAAUUUAAGGGUAGUGGGACAGAAUUCAAAGGUUUCAAUCCAAAGUGCCUUCUUCCUAGUAGCCUCCACUACUGGACUUAUCUGGGAUCACUGACUACCCCUCCGCUACAUGAGAGUGUCAUCUGGAUUGUCCUGAAGGAACCAAUCGCUGUGUCUGAGAAGCAGCUGGGAAAGUUCAGGUUGCUGCUUUUUACUGGUGAGGAAGAAGAUCAGAGAACACGCAUGGAAAACAACUUCAGACCUCCUCAACCUCUUAAAGGAAGGAAAGUGCGCUCCUCUAAUUAAUACGACCUCAGGGCACCUAAAGCAUUGAAUUCUGUUUUUUAGACAAAAGCAAACAAUUUCUUUCUUUUUACUUUGGACAAAAGGAAAUAAAUAAAUAAAUAAAAUCUGUGUAAAUGUUAGUAAGAAGGACUCCCUCUAUUGGUCAGAGUAGAAAUGCCAUUUUAAUGAUUUACCUAAAAAUACAGAUUUAAAAAAACCUUCUUUUUUUGUUGCUUUUCUCAUGGAUAUACUAACAGAGAAUAUACUGGCAGAGGAUCAACAGCUUUCUUACUGGCCACUUGUGUGCUGUUGAUCUAUCGUGGUGAAGACAUGUUCCCUGUCCUUAAGUCCAUAGAUCCCCUUCAAUCAGAUUAGUGGUGCAUUUACAUCUCCUUCUCUGGUAUACAGAAAAAAGGAAAUGGAUGUUUUAGGGGUUUAUUAUCCCUUAUUUUGAAGGACCUGUAUCCUGAUAGGGUUCCUGUCGUGUCUUUUUUUGUUCUUUUUUUUAACUCACAAUUGCAGCGAGUUCCUGUUAUAGUGGAUUUAACAAGAGCAAACGGCGGUUUUGUCCUGAACAUCUUGUUCAGUUUUAUGUGCAGUACAGACGCAGACAUGCCUGGCAGAGGCCUUGAUGUUGCACUUAAGGGACUUUUUAAAAGACGGAUCACCUCCAUGGAUUGGGGUUUUAAUAGGAGGCGAAGUGAAAAAAAAAAUCACUAGAAGAUUCACAAUUUAAGAAUGUUUCUGUUAAUUUGGAUUGUAUAAAUAUGGGACUGAUGUGUGGUCUGCAUGUUCUUCUGUUAGAUAUGUUGCAUCUUUUGUUAAUUGGAAUAAAAUGUUAACUAAAGCUAA